AUGUGCAUCCGCGUCCUAACAAUCUUCAAAUGCGCCUGUCCCCACCGCAACACCCUCGUCUGUCCACACCACAUCCACGUCCGCGAACCUUCUUCAUCAACUGCCGAUCUCCAAACCUCAUCCUGUCACCCAGUCACCAUCAUUACCCCUACUAGCUCAUCCCCUUCAUCAGAAUCCCCAGCAGAAAAUACCACUACCACCAGCAGCACAGACGAUGACGACUUCCAAAAAGGCUUCACUCCCCGCCUUCCCUCCGCCCUUCAAGGUCACAAGAACUGGACGCCCCUUCCCGGAAAAGAGAAUCAGCGGUGGGAACAUUGCCCCGGCUACCUCGCAAAAAGCAGAGCGUUGGCGGUGGCGGUAGCCGGAGCGGGAGCGGGAGCGGGAACGUCGUCCUCGGGUGGUAGUGGUAGUAGCAAUGGCAGUAGCAAAAUGGGCGAGGGCACAGGGGUAAUGGUCGGGAAGGAAACGCAGUGCGCAGAGUACAAAGCUACGGAACCAAAGUUUAGGAGGCGGUGGGAGGUUAAAAGUGGGUUGUGUGAGGAGUGUAGGGGGAUGCAUGGGAUGCAGGGACCUGAGGCAGAAGAUGGGGAGAAAAGGAAAGAUGGAGUGAAGGAGAGGGGAAAGGAGCCUAAGGAUACGGUGAGGGGGGAGGAGAGGGGGAGGGCGAGGAGUAGAGCGGCUACAGACCCUACGGCGAAUGCUGUGCCGGUGCCGGCGCCGGCGAUGGUGACUGGUGGGAAGGUGGUGAAGGGGAAACAAAUCCUCGAUCCGCCACCAAACGCAAUCGACGCCGUUUCAAACAGCCUCAUUCGUGCCUGCUACUGA